CCCUCUCCUCCUCCUGACUCCCUCCAUCCUCCUCCAGCAUGCCGCCCUCCUCUCUCCUGUCUUCUCAUUCUAGUCUCAACUUGAACUAUCCGCACAUCCAGUUUUGAAUGAUCCGCGCAGUCCUCGCUCAGCCCGUCUCCCCCUGCAUCCCUCUGCUUUCUGCUCCCCUCUUUAGCACCUGUUAGUCUCCCACUCCGGAUUUCCCUGUUUUUUUUAUUUUUUUCUGCAGAGUUUUCCUCUCCUGAGCCUCAUGACUGUGCGUCAAGGAAACCGUUUGGGCAUCUCCAUCCAGGAGCACAUGGCCAUCAACGUCUGCCCCGGCCCCAUCCGCCCCAUCCGCCAAAUCUCUUCCUACUUCCCUCGCCUCUCGCCCACUUCCUCCUUCUCUGAGCCACUUUCCCCCAAUCAGUUGACGGCCCCGGCUCCACUCAGCCCAGGCGGCUCGGGUCAGGAUGGAGGGGCGGUUGGAGGAGGAGGAGAAGGAGGAGGAAGCAGAAGCUUUUUGUCUCCGCUGUUACCAGGAGCUGCAGGUGGAGGCGGCUCGCUGUCAGCCAUGAGCAGCAUGGACACUUCCAUAGAGAUUGACAGCUGUGAUAGUGAUGACAACACUUCUUUGGGGACUCUGGAGUUUGACCUCCUGUAUGAGAGAGCCACCAGCUCCUUACACUGCACCGUCCUGAGAGCAAAAGGUCUGAAGCCAAUGGACUUCAAUGGUUUGGCUGAUCCUUAUGUGAAGCUGCAUCUGCUGCCUGGAGCCUGCAAGGCCAAUAAACUGAAAACCAAGAUAGUGCGAAACACUCUGAAUCCUGUGUGGAACGAAACGCUCACCUACUGUGGGAUCACAGAAGAAGACAUGUAUCGCAAAACUCUACGGGUGUCUGUGUGUGACGAAGACAAGCUGACACAUAAUGAGUUCAUUGGGGAGUCGAGGGUGGCCCUGCGCCGUGUGAAGCCCGACCAGACCAAGCACUUUAACAUCUGUCUGGAGCACCCACCUCCUCUGCCUUCACCGACGGCGAUGAACACGGCGCUGAGAGGGAUCUCCUGCUACCUGAAAGAGUGGGAGACAGAGCAGCAAAGAAGUCUGGAGGAGCGAGGCCGUCUGCUGCUCUGCCUCCAGUUCCUGCCUCCAAACAGCGACGGCGACCUGAAGGCUGAGGCCAAAGAGAGUGCUCGCGGCGGCCUGUGUGUGGGCGUCAAACGUUGUGCCCACCUGGCAGCCAUGGACGUCAACGGCUUCUCUGAUCCUUAUGUUAAAACGUACCUGAAGCCAGAUGUUCAGAAGAAAUCGAAGCAUAAAACAGCAGUCAUAAAAAAGACUCUGAACCCUGAAUUUAAUGAGGAGUUUUUUUACGAAAUCUCCUUUUCUGAGUUAGCCACCAAGACGCUGGAGGUCACCGUGUGGGACUACGACCUGGGAAGGUCAAAUGAUUUCAUUGGGGGCGUAUCCUUGGGGUGUCACUCACAGGGGGACGCCCUACAGCACUGGAUAGACUGUCUGAAGAAUAAAGGCAAGAAGGUGGAGCGCUGGCACACUCUGACCAACGAUCUGCCUGGAUCAACGCUGCAGGAAUAGGAGCCUCUUCCUCCUCCUCUGUACUAAACCCUGGAGGGUCUUCCCCAAAGACUUGGGAUUGGAGAAGUUUCAUCGCAUGCUCUGAAGAUUUUCCGCAUGACUGUGAUGGAUUCCUGCUUACUUUCGUGUUGUUAAAUGGGUUUAUAAUUCACAACAGUGUUCCCACAAAAAAGGGGGGCACAGAUCAAUGCUGGGAUCUAGACAGACCCUGAAUCUAUCUUAAGCUAAAUGUACUCACACGUGAAAGACAUUCAUUUGCCUCCUGAUGAUUUGAUGUCAGAAUAAAUGCACUCGUCCGGCUCGGCUGCUCCAAACUGAAAUGAUCUGACAAGAAAAACUCAUUGCCUUACACCAUAACUGAUGUUUAUUAUUCUGCAGCUUGACUGCCAUUCCUCAUGUGGAGAUGGCUUGCUUUUAUUAAAUUUAGGUGAUUCCUUUCAUUAAGUGCUGGUAUCAAAAUUCCACAGUAAUGACCCUCAAAGUGACAGCACACAUACCUCUGCCUCGCAAUAAUGUUUUCCUUGAUGCUUCCGAAGAUAUCGAAGUGGUCUUCACACGGCUGUUGCAUCUAUUGAUUUGACUGUCAUUGGAUUGUCUGCAGACAGCACAUCCUGAUAAGAUAAUCGUCUCUGUCAUGUUGAUGAUGGUUUGUGAGUUGUUUGCAUGUUUAGUGUUGAUGGCGUUGCCGUCACACGCGCUGUUUUUGACUUGUUGUUCUCAGUUUUCUGAAGGUGUGUUGCUCAAAUCAACUAAUUAUAUUUUUUUUAUUUUGUUGACCAGUUUUUAUGUGUAUCAGAGUUAGUUUGAUGUGUCUGCUCUGAUAUCGGUGUCAGUAGCUUGUAACCUGUUCAUUUUGCUCCACAAUCAUCAGUAACAGUGAGAGUGGCGAUGUAGAUAAGCAACAGUGAUUUGUGGUGAGGUAAGCAUCAGCCACUGAUUAACAUAAAUAAAUUCAACAACUGUGUACAGAACUAGUGCAGUCUAGUGACUGAACAUCUGCUGCAGCUUUACUGUGUAUUUUUUGUUGAGUGAGAUGUCCUGGUAGCACCAGUGGUGUUCAUAUGUAAAUGUUUGUGUUUUUCUGUUGUUGUUGUUUCCGCUUUGUCAGAUAUUUUUCUGCAAAGUGUGAAUGCCUGUUGCCUUUGUUUCCCCAUAAAUAUUGUAUCAUGUUC